AUGGAAUACACACCCCCACCAUCAUACAACUCAAUUGAUUUAGAGUCGCAAGCCAAAACUGGCGGUGUAUCUGAACGCUACGGUACAACGGCGCUCUCUUGCGGACUAUGGGGGCUUACUACGGUACUUUCUGCGCUGACUAUCCACUACGACAGCUCGGGAUCACUGGUAUCUCUUGGGGUGACAAUUCCAACGUUACUUACACUAUUCUACGUUGUGUUCCAUAUCAAUAACAGGAUUCAGGAUGGAAGUAAGUGGAUUUGGACGUGUAUUUCGUACUUUCCUGCUUUGCAACUAUUCAUAUCGGCGCUUAUUUUUUUCUCUGACAGGGGUGUUUGGCACUGGUUUACGGUGUGUCUGUUCAGUUGUACCCUUAUCACGAUAGUACUAAUAUAUUGCUCGUGGCAAACUAUAGAAGAAUGGGAGCAAGAUGCAGACUGGGAAGCCAGGAACCAAUUUGUUAUCUAUGGGAUACCGCUUAUGGCCAUUGCAGCAUUGUAUCUAACGGCUAUAGUGCCGCCCAGAUGGAUCGCAACCGCGUACUUCCUAUACCUUUCUGUGUUGCUUUCUCUCACCACAAAAAACCUCUAUUUAAAUACUGAGUUGGAGCAUGUACUUUUUUCCAAUAUGCGUAUAAACGCUAUAAUGUUCUUUAUGUUCCUCUCGUUUUCUAGCCUCUGA